CGCCGGGUAGCUGGGAGGAAGGGGGAGGGGGCGGCUUGGCGUCUGGCCGCCUGAUGGCUGGGCCGGAUUAAGUUUCAUGGUAGCCUCUGCCUGUUUAUCCGGCCCCUCCUCGCGGGCCGUUACUUGGGGGGGGGGUAGUCUGCAGAGCCCGGCCAGCAGGGCUGCAAGUGGUCUCCCCCAGCCCAGCCCUGGCGCGGCGGCGGGGCGCCGGGAGCAGCAAGCGGGUUUAUAUGCUUUUAAACACUUGAGAAGCGGAUACUGAUGACAUAAGUGUGGAAUAAACAGUAACACCUUUUGAAGGAAAGGGACGUUUACUAGCUGCCUUUGCAAUUUUGGGAUAGAAACUGACAGUAGAAAAUAUGCUGGAAGUAAUAGAUACACAUCGGGCCCUGCAGGCAGUGGAGCGCCUGCAUAUGAAACUACGGGAACGAGGUGACAUAGCAAAUGAGGAGAAGUUGAGUUUGCUAAAAUCAGUGCUGCAAAGCCCUCUCUUCAGUCAGAUCCUGAAUCUUCAGACUUCAGUCCACCAGUUGAAAGAUCAGGUGAACGUCACACCAUCCAUACAUUCGGCUGGUGAAUUUCCACAGCUUCCCCAUCAUGGUGCUGGUGUGGAUUCGUUGCAACAUAACGAAUCCUAUUUACUCGCUCAGCAGAAUGGCAGCCCUGCUAAUGUACUAGAAGCAUCUGUGAGAUCUCAGAUUAAUGGGAAAUCCUCAAGUGAUGAGUUGGAGCAACUAAUCAGAAAUAUGUCACAGGGUCACCUUGUUGAGACCUUAGAGCUGGCUAAACCCCCAAGUGGAGGUCUGGGCUUUAGUGUUGUGGGGCUGAAGAGUGAAAACAGGGGGGAAUUGGGAAUAUUUGUGCAGGAGAUCCAAGAAGGAAGUGUGGCAUAUAGAGAUGGAAGACUGAAGGAAGCAGACCAAAUCCUUGCUAUUAAUGGACAAGCCCUUAAUCAGACAAUUACACAUCAACAGGCUAUCAGCAUCCUACAGAAGGCAAAAGAUAAUGUCCAACUAGUUGUGGCCAGAGGUUCCUUGCCUCAGUUGAUCAGUCCUGUAGUUUCUCGAUCUCCAUCUGCUGCUAGCACUGUCUCUGCCCAUUCUAACCCUGUACACUGGCAGCAUGUGGAGACCAUUGAGUUGGUGAAUGAUGGAUCAGGUUUGGGAUUUGGGAUAGUUGGAGGAAAGUCAACCGGAGUGAUAGUUAAAACCAUCCUCCCAGGAGGAGUAGCUGAUCAGCAUGGAAGAUUAUGCAGUGGAGAUCACAUCCUGAAAAUUGGAGAUACAGACCUGGCUGGAAUGAGCAGUGAACAAGUGGCACAAGUUCUGAGACAGUGUGGAAAUCGAGUGAAGCUGGUCAUUGCAAGAGGUCCCAUAGAGGAACCACCUCUACCAGCAGUCCCUCCAUCUACUCCUGUACCAACUUCCUUACCAGAGAAAAAGGCAGAGAUUUCUUUUGAUAUUGAUGAAGAUGGAGAGAAAUUUGAUGUAGAGCUCACUAAAAACCUCCAAGGAUUAGGAAUAACUAUUGCUGGUUACAUUGGAGACAAAACCUCAGAACCUUCUGGUAUUUUUGUGAAAAGCAUUACAAAAGGCAGUGCUGUUGAACAUGAUGGUAGAAUCCAUGUUGGAGAUCAAAUUAUAGCUGUGGAUGGAACAAAUCUUCAGGGCUUUACUAACCAACAAGCAGUAGAGGUUUUGCGGCAUACAGGACAAACAGUUCGACUCACUUUGGUCAGAAGAGGGCUUAAGCAGGAAAAUCACAUUCAGCCCCUUGAGGACUUCACUGCUUCUGUUGAAAAGGACUUAAUUUUCCAAACCAUGGAUAACAGCACAGCCAAAGAACUAUGUGAAAGAGAACAAGGAUCUCCUCCACUGCCGUGCAGUGCUGCUAUGGUACACGGUGGAGAGGACAGUAAACAACAAAAAUCAGGUUUCCAUCUAACUUCCACAGGAGAAGCAGUGUUACAGAAUAAAUGGCAGAGGAUUAUGGGUGCAAAUUAUGAGAUAGUGGUGGCUGAAGUUAACAAAUUUAGUGAAAGCAGCGGGUUAGGCAUAAGCUUGGAAGCUGCAGUGGGACAUCAUUUCAUCCGAUCGGUUCUACCAGAAGGGCCAGUUGGACGAUGUGGCAAGCUGUUUAGUGGAGAUGAGCUAUUGGAAGUGAAUGAAAUAUCCUUGCUUGGGGAAAAUCACAAGGAUGUGGUAAAUAUUUUAAAAGAGCUGCCUAUCAAGGUGACAAUGGUCUGCUGCCGUCCCAUUGCUCCACCCGUCAGUCAUUCAGAGUUGGAAAAUCAGACCCUCUCUGAGGUUCAGCUCACAGAAAAGUCUCAUGUAGACCUGGAUGAAGUCAUUGGCUCCUCAGAGACAGAGGCUACUGGCUUGGAAGUGGCUGAUGUGGGUCAGAGUACUGACGAGGUGCAAGGAUCUCCUUUGGCAAUGUGGGAAACAGAAAUACAGCAUGUUGAGCUGGAGAAAGGGAGCAUGGGCCUUGGCUUUAGCAUAUUAGACUACCAGGAUCCAGUGGACCCGGCAAACACAGUCAUUGUAAUCCGCUCAUUAGUACCUGGUGGUGUUGCUGAACAAGACGGCAGACUUCUUCCUGGAGAUCGGCUGAUGUUUGUCAAUGAUAUCAACUUGGAAAAUGGCAGCCUGGAGGAAGCUGUACAAGCACUGAAAGGCGCUCCAGCAGGAACAGUUAGAAUAGGAGUUGCCAAACCACUGCCUCUUUCACCAGAAGAGGGUUAUGUUUCUGCUAAGGAAGAUUCAUUUUUCUACACUGCCCAGUCACUUGAAGAAGGGCCAGUUGAUGCAGCCCUCUUCCAUGCUGAGCUGGCUCUGGUGGACUCAAGCGAGGCAGAUCUAGCGGAUGAAUCCACCUUUGAAUCACAGUAUACUUCAGACAAUGAUGACACCUUCCAGGCUUCGGUGUUGGCUCUGCAUGGCAGUAGCUGUAGCGAUGGUCUGAACUAUAGCCUCUCUCUUCCAUCAUCAACUCCCAAGAACAUGUUAAAGACUGGCGACAUAAAUGGCGGUAAACAGAAAAACUGCAUUCUACUACAGGGUGUGGCUGAAGAAUCCUCAAACGCUUCCAUUGAUUUCAGACCAUCCAACAAGAAUCUAUACAACAUGGAUCUAAUCCAGGGAGGGGGAGAGAACCAAUCCUUAAGGGACAUAAGCAUAGUACCUGCUUGUGGCAUAUCCAAAAUGGAUCCGCUGCCUUCAGAUGUUUCUGAGAAACACCCUGCAUAUGAGGACACAGCUGCUUGGACAGAGCCUCAGCCAUCAGAUGAAGUUGCACAAACUACAAACACUGCUGUCACAGUGCACCCUGACUCUAAUGGAAAAGUAAAGGACUCAUUGUAUUUAAUGGAAAAGAGCUAUAUGACAUCUACUACUGAGGGAAGUUCCACAAUCCAAAAUACACCCAAAACCAUGCAUGAGAAGACUAUCACUAUUGCAAAAGGCAAUUCAAGUCUAGGGAUGACAGUAAGUUCCAAUAAAGAUGGCUCAGGAAUGAUAGUUCGCAGCAUCAUCCAUGGUGGUUCCAUAAGUCGUGAUGGACGAAUCAGUGUGGGGGAUUGUAUUCUGUCAAUUAAUGAAGAGGCAACCACAAAUUUAACCAAUGCACAGGCUCGGGCUAUGCUGAGGAGACAUUCACUCAUUGGCCCUGAUAUAAAGAUUUCAUAUGUGCCAUCAGAGCAUUUGGAAGAGUACAAAGCCAGUUUGGGACAGCAACCAGAGGAAACACUGCCACUCAGUCUCUUUUCUGCACAUACUGCAAGAGAAAUUCCAGAACUACCUGAACGUGAAGAGGGGGAGGGAGAAGAAAGUGAACUUCAGAAUGCAGCUUACAGUCACUGGAACCAGCCUAGACGGGUUGAGCUUUGGAGAGAACCUAGCAAGUCACUGGGAAUCAGCAUCGUCGGUGGACGAGGGAUGGGGAGUCGGCUGAGCAAUGGUGAAGUGAUGAGGGGAAUCUUUAUCAAACACAUUCUGGAAGACAGCCCUGCUGGCAAAAAUGGAACAUUAAAAACUGGAGAUAGAAUAGUGGAGGUGGAUGGAAUUGACCUCAGAGACGCAAGCCAUGAACAAGCUGUGGAAGCCAUACGGAAGGCAGGCAACCCUGUAGUCUUUAUGGUACAGAGCAUUAUAAACAGACCAAGGCCAGAAUCUCUCAAUAGCUCUUCAUCAACCUCUGCUCUCAGUGGGCAGAAACCUACUAACCCAUUUUACUACCAGUCAUCUCAGGCAUCCAGUCAGUCAGAUUCAGAACUAGAGAAGACUUCAUUUAGUAACUUACCACUGCCCCCUCCUUCAGCAUUUUCAGGAAUGAGCUGUGAAACUGCACAGUCAUCUUCCAACAAAAUUGAAGAGGGUGUGGGAGGAGAUGAUGAUGAUGAUGAUGAGUUUGGUUACAGCUGGAAAAAGAUUACACAGCGUUAUGGAAAUCUACCUGGGGACCUGCACAUGAUAGAGCUGGAAAAAGGAAGGACUGGUUUGGGACUUAGCCUAGCUGGCAACAAAGACAGAUCCAGGAUGAGUGUUUUCAUAGUGGGAAUUGAUCCAAAUGGCGCAGCUGGAAAAGAUGGCAGGUUACAGAUUGCAGAUGAGUUACUAGAGAUCAAUGGACAAAUUCUGUAUGGAAGAACUCAUCAAAAUGCUUCUUCAAUAAUCAAAUGUGCACCAUCUAAAGUAAAAAUCAUCUUUAUCAGAAGUAAAGAUGCAGUGAAUCAGAUGGCUGUUUGCCCUGGAAAGUCAAUAGAACCUUCAUCUUCCCCCUCAGGGACUCCAGAGGGUGAACCGAGUGCUACAAAUCCUGUUACAGCUAUAGACUUCAGUGCAUAUAAAAAUCUUCUGCAUUUGGAACUUCCCAAGGAUCAAGGGGGACUGGGUAUUGCUAUCAGUGAAGAAGAUACAAUUAAUGGAGUGGUUAUUAAAAGCUUAACAGAUCAUGGUGCAGCAGCAAAGGAUGGACGGAUCAGAGUUGGGGAUCAGAUUCUUGCAGUGGAUGAUGAAGCAGUUGUGGGCUUUCCUAUAGAAAAGUUUAUCAGUCUGCUGAAGACAUCAAAGACCACAGUGAAGCUUACAAUCAACUCAGUUGAACAUGAUAGUCAAACAUCUCUUCAAACACAACCACCGCCACCUUGCAGUGCUAUCAUGGGUGAAGGGAAGAAUAUCCAGCAGCCUCUGAUGGUUCCAUCUUCUGGUUCUCCAGAACCAGAGACAAUUAAAAAUACAAGCAGGUCCUCAACUCCAGCUACAUUAGCCUCUGACCCAGCAACUUGUCCCAUCAUCCCAGGAUGUGAAACAACCAUUGAUAUCUCCAAGGGACGAACUGGACUUGGAUUGAGCAUUGUUGGGGGAGCAGACACUUUACUGGGAGCUAUUAUUAUCCAUGAAGUAUAUGAAGAAGGAGCAGCGUCCAAAGAUGGAAGGCUCUGGGCAGGAGAUCAGAUUUUAGAGGUGAAUGGAAUUGACCUGAUAAAUGUUCUCAGACAGACACCCCAAAAAGUCCGUCUCACUGUCUACAGGGAUGAGGCCCAGUACAAGGAGGAAGAUAUGUACGAUGUACUCAAUAUAGAGCUCCAAAAGAAGCCAGGCAAAGGCCUUGGAUUAAGCAUUGUUGGGAAAAGAAAUGAUACAGGAGUAUUUGUGUCAGACAUUGUCAAAGGAGGAAUAGCAAAUACAGAUGGGAGACUGAUGCAGGGAGACCAGAUAUUGACAGUAAAUGGAGAAGACGUUCGAAAUGCUAACCAGGAGGCUGUUGCUGCUUUGUUAAAGUGUUCAUUAGGUACUGUAAGACUAGAAGUUGGAAGAAUAAAAACAGGUCCGUUCCAUUCUGAGAGAAGAACAUCCCAGAGCAGCCAGGUCAGUGAAGGAAGUGGCAGCCUGUCAUCAUUCAGUUUCCCUGUUUGCGGGUCCAACCCACCUGAAGGCUUUGAAAGUGGUCUGAAGAAAAAUGCCAUAGCAUCUGAAAUACAGGGAUUAAGAACGGUUGAGAUUAAAAAGGGCCCUGCAGAUUCCCUAGGAGUGAGCAUUGCUGGAGGAGUAGGAAGUCCCCUUGGAGAUGUUCCUAUAUUUAUUGCCAUGAUGCAUCCAAAUGGAGUUGCAGCUCAAACUCAGAAACUCAGGGUUGGGGAUAGGAUCGUUAAUAUUUGUGGAACAUCCACUGAGGGCAUGACACACUCCCAAGCAGUCAGCCUACUGAAAAAUGCUUCUGGCACUGUUGAACUACAGGUGGUGGCUGGAGGGGACGUAAGUGUCGUAACCGGUCAGCAGCAGGAUCCACCUGCUUCCAGCCUUUCAUUUGCAGGAUUAACCUCAAGUAGCAUCUUUCAGGAUGAUCUAGGGUCUCCUCAGUAUAAGACCAUUACUCUAGAUCGAGGCCAGGAUGGUCUGGGCUUUAGUAUUGUGGGAGGAUAUGGCAGUCCUCACGGAGAUUUACCCAUCUAUGUUAAGACAGUAUUUGCAAAGGGUGCAGCGGCAGAGGAUGGACGGCUGAAGAGAGGGGAUCAAAUUAUUGCUGUCAAUGGGCAGAGCUUAGAAGGGGUGACCCAUGAAGAAGCAGUUGCUAUUCUAAAAAGGACAAAAGGAACUGUCACUCUGGCUGUUCUCUCGUGAAUGGGCUGUCCGAAGAGUAGCAUCAACAAGAUUAUAUUAUCUACAUUCCACAUAACAAAGAGAAUGGAAAUGUUUACGUAGCCUUCUUGCUAUUCCAGCUUUACCAGACUGUUACAUCACUGGAGAAAAAAUAACACUUAAUCUUAUUUUUUGAGCACAAUAGAAGUAUUUGUGUUACUGUCAGAUCACUGGGAUGGGCGUAUGUGGUCUCUGGCAAAGACUUACGUUUUUUUAUUAUUAUUGUAAUGAAUACCUGUGAUCCACAAGAACAUGAAUGUUUGCAUUAGUAACCACAGUGCAGAAAUGGAAUGUUUUGCAAAGAGGCUCUGAAUAUUUGAGAGAGGUGUGUGUGCGUGCUAAAUAGUCAAGUGGGGAUGAUUACGGAUAUUUAAAUAGCAGAAAAAAGUCGCAGGAGGAACAAAGAUUUAACAAAAGAAGAUAGAUGGGAAAAUUAGCUAGUCGGUUCUGCUAGUUACAUUCUGCUUCAGAAGCAAAAUUGUCGCAAAGAUUAUUUUUUUUGGUGCUUAGAUGUUGAAAAAUCCACUUGUAGGAAACUUUUUUCCUGGUGAAUGAGGGAGCCCAACAUCUGCAAUAUCAUAAGGAUUUAGGUUUCUCUUUUAAAGUAGUGAUGUUGCUAACCUUUGUGCAUGUGAAGAUAAUGUUCCGAAUUCAAACAGGAAAAUGAAUACUGUUCUCUUGCUUACAGACAGACAGCUCCAAUGUCACCGCUGCAGCUGCUUACAGCUUGAAGCAGCAGUACAAAUUAACUGCUCUGACUGACUGUCACUAGUCAGAGCCCAGUGUAGUGCAUUGAAGUGGAGUGGAGUCAGUGUUCUGCUGCUGCUAUUGCUUUAAGCAGAAGCAGAUACGGAAGACAUUCAGAGACAGGAGGUGGCCUAGAGUAUGGCGAAUGGUAGAGGUUCCUCUUCACCUUAGUCAGAAAGCAUGCAGGAGGGGGACAGGAGGGCAAAGAAAAAGUUGUCAUUCCAUCUGCUGGAAGGACUUCUACAUUACUGGACAAUUAUAAGGCGGAUACUUACAACCAGACACUGAUAUGUAAGAUGGAGCCCUAUAAGGAUCUAACAACUCUUCCUGGCUUCUCAUUAUAACUUGUGGGCUCCCUAACUGUCAGUGCCUCCCUUUACCUAGCAUGUAUCCUCUUUGUCAAGCCCCAACUGUGACAAAAUACAAUAUCUCAUUAAAACCUUUAGAAAGGAAAAAAAUGUCAAAGGUGAUGUGAGCGUUUGUGUUCCUUUAGGCUAGAGUGUUGUCCAUGUUAAACUUUCAUAUAGGUGCAAGACUGCAUAUUGACCAGCAAACACUGAUAGCAGCCAGAGAAUCAUGUCAGUUGUUGUUGUUGUUUAUAAUAUAUAAAUACUGAGUUUUAAAUGGGGGCAACAUUGAAACUGUGCUAAAGAAAUAUGCAAAAGAUACCAUUCAUUCAUUCUACUGAGUGAAAAACAGCAGUGUUAGGAAGGAUGAAAGAUACUUCUAGCAAAUUGAUAGCUAAAUGUAGGUCAGUUAAUUAAAAAAAAAUAAAACACCUCUCCUUUUCAAUGUUUUUUUUAAAUGCUACAGUACAAUAGGCUAAGAAAAACAUGGUAGCAGUACUUGAGCCAACCAGAAAUGAAUUAUUAGCCUAUUCUCUCCCAAGGUAGUGUGUGAAAUGCCUAUGUUAGUGUAUGUAAAGUCACUUCAAAUAUCUAUAUUUGUAACAGAAGUAGUGUACAGAUAUUUUAUUAUUGCCUUUGUGUCUAAAUGCAGGAUUUAAGAGAAUAAAUAUGAAGCUCUCAGUGGUGAACUAAUAAAGUUGCAGGUGUAUUUGUG